GCUGUAAGCCAUUGCAAAGAGUCAAACGAGAUCAUAUGAGUUUUGGCCUUCUUAAACUCUUGAUGGAUCGAGUGGAGAAUGCCGGGCCGGUGGACGUAUGCGACACAAGCGAGGGAUGUAGAAGACUUGGUCCCUGACACCAUCGAGGUGUCCAGUGGUCAAAGCUUCGAUGGAUUCUGGGAAGCAACUAUGGCUGAUGGAGACAGCACUUGCAGCACAGUUGUGGUUUUGUCAGGCCAAAAUGUUUGGCACGAGGGCUCCCGCUUUGCCAGUAUCAAAGUCCUGAAUUCGCAUACAUGCGUGUUGAUCAUGGAUGAAGAUGACGUCAGAGGAUAUUUGAGUGCUGAUGGGCACGAAAUUGAAUGGGAAGAUGGAGACCGUUGGAGAAGGGCCAGAAAGAUCACAAAGGACACAGAUGAGAUUCAAAAGCCAGUGUCGAUCUCGGAGACAAACAUGCAAGAGUGUGUAUCCCCAGAGGCUUUGAUCAAAGAACAUCGAAGCACAGAUCAUACAACGAGCUCAGAACAAAGCCAGCUUGCUGUGGACAGUCUUCUCCAGCGUGAUGCGCUGUCACUGCAACGUCUUUUGAACAAUGGUAUGUGCGCCGACACGUGCAUCGACCCAUCGCCUCUCUGGACCGACAUUGGCUGGACACCAGAGGGUGAUUCGCAAAGAACACCAACUCCCCUGCUCGUGGCGGCAAUUUUGCUGCAAUGGCCAGAGGGGGUCCGAAUCUGCGUGGACCGGAAGGCCAACGUGAAUGGGACCUACGCAGGGCCAUUCCGCAGCUUCGAUGGUUGCACGCUGCAAGAGAAGUCAGGUGCCUCAAUCCUCAGAGUAGCACUGUCAGCCCGAGGGCCUUCACAAUGCACCAUUUGCCAGCACGUUCUAGCAGGCCGAGUGCGCGGGAGGACCUUUCAAACACUCAAGAGGAAAGCCAAGGACGAGAUGGAGUUUGUGACCCGCGGUUUGUUUGAGACCUUUCAGGGGCCUUUCGCUGACAGCUAGCUGUCAUGAAAAUGGUGAUCCUCAUGUGUCCGGAUUUAUUUGGAGGAACCUUGGCGCAAGAGGAUAUGGCAGGAUGUGGCGUCAUCAGCAC